AUGCAAAGUAGCGAGUCUCUAAAUUUCAGUCAGCUUAGCCAGAACCACAUCAAAACAUUGAAAGAUGCAUUCCAAAUGCUCGACGAUGACGGGGACAGUAGAGUCUCACAGAAAGAUCUAAAAACUAUGUAUCGAAGUAUUGGCAAACAACUAACAGAUGAACAAGCAAACGAAAUGUUGCAAGUAGAAGGGUCUGAGGAUAAGAACGGGAUUUCGUUCCCAGAAUAUUUGGCGGUCAUGAGUAAAACGGUGGGUGAAUUUCCUGAAGAUUCCGAAAUAAUUGACUGCCUCAAAACGCUCUCAGGGAAUGACGACCUACAGAUACCAUUGGAUGAGCUAGUGCAGCAGUUGAGGGAAGCAGGCUUCCAGGAUCCAGAAUCGGAAUUUGAAAAAAUAUUCAAGGAUUUUACGGCUAGAAACCAGGUGGUGGAGGGCAAGACCUUCAAGGGCUCUCAAUUCAUGGAUAUGAUCUCCGAUUGA